AUCUACAAAUAAUAACAAUGGAUUCAUUGGAGCCAUUCAAUCUACUAUGGGAGGAUAAGGAAAUCAAAUUCGAUACGGCCAAUGUACAGAAACAUUUACGCAACGGCGAACAGGUUAUAUCGACCAUUUAUUAUAUAGAGGACUCCAAAGGUAAUCCAGGAGACACUGGACGCUUACUGGCUACCAACCUAAGAUUGAUAUGGUAUUCUUUGGUACAUAAGAAAUUCAAUUUGUCCAUCGGAUAUGGACGCAUUGCCAAUAUGAGCACAAAGAUUACAAACAGCAAAACCAGAGGAAAUUGUCUUGCUUUGUAUAUUUUAGCUAUUGGUGGAAAUACACGAUUUGAGUUUCUAUUCACUGAUGUGUCGGGUGAAACCGAGAGAAAGAAUACACCCAUAUUUCAAAGUGUCUUUGAUAUAUACAAUUUAUAUCAACGCACAUAUUUGUAUCGUGACUUAAAAUUGCGUGGAGCCAUUCUGCAGUCGGGACAAUUGAUUAUUUUGCCGCAAGAGCAAGUUAUCAACAAAGUGAAUGGAGUAUGGAAUCUAAGCAGCGAUCAGGGAAAUUUGGGCAGUUUUGUGGUGACCAAUAUUCGCGUGGUUUGGUAUGCUGACGCCAAUGAUACAUUCAACAUAAGUCUGCCCUAUAUGCAAAUAGCCAAUAUACGUAUACGCGAAUCAAAAUAUGGACCUGCCUUGGUUAUACAGACGGCUGAAACUGGCGGUGGUUAUGUUUUGGGCUUUCGCAUAGAUCCCAUAGAACGUUUAACGGAAAUCUAUAGGGAAUUAAUUUCCCUGCACACAGUCUAUACGGAAAAUCCGAAUUUUGGUAUAGUCUACACUCAGGAUAUGCGUAAACCCAAAACGGAUGCCAAGUAUCGCAAAGAUUUCAAAGUGGAGGAGUUUCAAGAAAUCGAUGAACGCCAGGAAAGGGAAAUCAAUUCGAAAUUAAACACCUACUUGGCUGAGGGAAGCCUUAUGGUGGGCGAAGAGAAACCACCGAGGGAACCGGUGUAUUGCAAGGAAUUAGGUUUCGCCAUGGAGCGCAUACGAGAUGGUUACAAGUUGAAAGAUUUGUGGGAUGUUUUGCCACAACAAAUGAUUAUGCUGGAAGAGGAAUGAAGGCACUAUGGAGAUAACUUUAAUAAAAAAAUAAAUAAACAUGUAAAUGUGUUGUUGAAUGCAGGUUGUAAAACAGUAUACCAUAAAUUAGUCUUCAUAUAUUUGAACUUGAAAAUAUAGGAACAGAUUAUUA